CCGGCGCCGAGAAGGACUCGCGGCGGCAAAGCGCGUCCCGCCCCAAGCGCGGGUCCGGCGGGCGGUGUGCGCGGGGGGUCGCCGGAGGAGAGCCCCAGUGGGCUGAAGGGGUCCGAGAACCAUCGCGUGUGUGCCAAAAGCUGCAAAAUGGAGUUGGGUCUGAAAACGGAGAAUAACAAUGAGAAGCCUCUGUUAGCUCAGCCUCUUUCGAUAUAACCGGGAACUAAGUCUUCUGGCUGCUGCUCAAGGGCAGGAUCAAAACGCGCUGAUGUUUACCUUCUUAAAUCUACUGCUGGUUUGAUGGUGUUUAUGUUUUCAGUAUGUACGUGCCUUGCGAAGGUUUAUUUUCCUCGAAGGCGACAACUCGUGAGCCAGCUCGGAUAUGCCGAACUGCUGAAAAAAACAGCCAGCGGCUUAUUUAGCGGGUGCAGAGCAUGGAGAAUGAUGAACUUCCGCCAGAGGAUGGGCUGGAUUGGCGUGGGGCUGUACUUGUUAGCAAGCGCUGCAGCUUUUUAUUACGUCUUUGAAAUCAAUGAAACUUACAACAAACUAGCACUGGAGCACAUUCAGCAACACCCCAAGGAACCACAGGAAGGAACCACAUGGACACACUCCUUAAAAGUACGACUGCUAUCCCUGCCCUUCUGGCUGUGGACGAUAAUAUUUUUAAUACCGUACUUACAGAUGUUCUUGUUCCUCUAUUCCUGUACAAGAGCUGACCCCAAAACUGUUGGGUAUUGCAUCAUUCCUAUCUGCUUGGCUGUUAUUUGCAAUCGUCACCAAACAUUUGUGAAGGCCUCUAAUCAGAUCAGUAGGUUACAACUAAUUGACACUUAGCUGAACUGCUAGUUUCUGUUGCUGAUUUGAAGCAAUUGUAUAUGCUUGAUCUAAAUACAAGACUGAAGUUCUGAGUGAAGGCCGGAAAGAGCCUUUUCUUUCAAACUGAUAAGCAAUGAAGAGAAUGACUGAUUUCUAUUUAAAACAAACAAGUCAUUACAAAGGUUUUUAAUUAUGGUUCUAUCGAGUGGCCAGAGUGGGAGAGACCUGCGUGACACGUGAUGGAAGUAUUCAUCAUUUUGCCUUAAUGAUGCAAAAGUGCAACUCUCCAUCUGAAAUGUCCUGUGGGGAAACAAGUUUCUGGUCCACAACUUUACUCCUCUGUGCAGAAAAGUGAUUUCCUAUGUUUUCCCUUGGAGUGAAAUCAAUGAAAAAAAUACUUCAUUUGUGGUAAAUGUAAAAGAAAAAAAGAAAUUAAGAAUGUGAUUAUAAAAGCUGCACUUAACACAA